CUGGUCGGGCCAAAUGGGGCCGGAAAGUCGACUCUGCUUCGUGUCCUAGCAGGCCAAAAACUCAUCAAGCAGGGCAGGUUAUUACUCAAUGGUAGAGACCCGUUCAAAUUGGCAUCUGCAGGCAAUUCAGGCGUCAUCACGUACCUGGGCACUGAAUGGGCAUCUAACGAUAUUACGAAGCGAGAUAUUCCGGUCACAGUGCUCAUCGACUCUGUUGGAGGAACCAACUACAAAGAGCGUAGAGAUCUGUUAAUAAAUAUGCUGGACAUUGACAUCACCUGGAGAAUGAACCAAUGCUCGGAUGGAGAGCGUCGCAGAGUUCAGCUGUGUAUGGGACUGCUGAAGCCGUGGGAUCUGCUGCUCCUAGAUGAGGUCACCGUGGACCUGGACGUUUUGGUGCGGUCGCGGUUGCUGACAUUUCUGCGCCAGGAAACAGAGCAACGAAAUGCCACCAUCGUGUACGCCACACAUAUUUUCGACGGUUUGGGCGACUGGUCGAGCGAAAUCAUUCAUUUCCGUGGCGGGUGCAUUGUCGCCAAGCAUUCGAUAGACAGAGUGAAAUACAAGGACAGCGAAGACACAGUGCUGGAGACGGAGCUUGCCGUGGAGGUGCCAAAGUCAAGAUCAAUAUAUCCUCUGGCACUUAGCUGGCUCGAGCAGGACCUUCAUCUACGUGGCGAGCGCACAGAGGAUAAAACCCGACCAAAGUACGAGGAUUUAUCACAGCUGGCAAAUGAACAGUACUACGACGAUAAGGAGAGAGUCACUAGUUACUUCAAGACUACAAGGAAGAUUUAG